AUGAAAGCGAUGAAAGCGGUGCUGCGCGAGCUGCGCCGCUCGUGGGCGCCCCUCGUGCGCAGCUACCUAGAACGCAAUGGUGGCUCGGCUCCCAUCAACAAUCUCGGUGGCGCUGUGCAGCUGCCACAGAGUGUGCGUGGUCAGGUGCGCUUUGCACAGGCACUCACGCAAUGCGAGUUCCAAACGAGCAAUGGCAUCGUGCUGCUGCCCAACGCGACACUGUCGGCAUCCCGCCGUCCGCGACCCACCGAGUACCAGACCCUCGAGAGCAUCAUUGGCGCGCGUCGCGGUCGUGAGGAUGAGGAGGAUGAGGAGGCCAGGCGGCCUGCACAGCGACGCCGGACGGCAGAGCUGGCGUGGGGCAUCGACCUGCGUCCGUCAGACGCACACGUGCCGCCCGACGAGGCGUCACGUCGCUCCGAACGCGCCUACCGCUUCGGGACGUCGAUCGGCGGCCACGCUGGCGGCACGAUGCGGGAUGGCCUGCCGUCGCGCCCUCCCGGUGUCUUCGACUGGAGCCGGUACGCACUCAAGUGGAGGAGCUUCGAGGCGCGCGAUCAGGACCAGGAGCGCUACAUGCAGAUGCUCAGCUCCGACGAUGUCGGCGUCGUCGUCGGCUUCGGCAAGGCGGGUACCGGUAAGACGCUACUCGCUUCACCGCCGGCGAGGACCUGGGCUUCCUUCCCUCUGCUCGACGCCAUCGACAAAUUCAUGGGCGACGGCGCGUGGGUCGCGCUGCAGAACAAGCACCUGCUCGAGCUGCAGUCGUUUGCGUACAUGCGUGGCCGCACGCACGAGCGGGCCUUUGUGAUCGCCGACGAGGUGCAGAACGCGAGCUGCUCGCAGCUCAAGCUGCUCGCAACGCGCGUCGGCGAGGGCUCGCGGCUCUGCAUCCUCGGCGACGGCUUGCAGCCCGACCGGCGCGUCGGCGGCAACUGGGCAGGCGGCGGCCCGAGCGGGCGCGCCUCAUCGAUUGAGCUCUUCGUCGACUUUGUCGAGAGCGGCGGCCUGCACCGCGCCGACCUCCCCGCGCAGGUCGACCCCGACGCGUGCGUCAAGAUCGCGCGGCUGAGGACUUGCCAGCGGAGCGACACCGCCGCGGCGAUGCUCGCCGCCAUGGAGCGGUUUGAGCACGAGGUGAUGCCUGCACCGCGGCCGGAGCAUGGGCAGUCAGCGGCCAGCCUUCUGCGGGAGGCGGUGGCUCAGGCUGGGCGUGAGUGA